CUCUGCGUCCGAACCCUCAUCCGCCGCCAUCGCACCCUCCUCUCCUCUCCUCUCCUCUCCUCUCGUCGCCGCCCCGCCGCUGCUAUCGACAUGGCCUCUGCCGUCUCCUCUUUUCUAUCCUUGUCUUCCUCGUCCGAUCGUCUCGAUCGUCUCCCGUUCCGCAACAGGAACCAUAACAACAGAGGAAUCGGGAAGCUAAGCUCCCCCUUCCCCCACCUCUGGAACCCUACCGAUUCCCUCCUCCUUCGCCACCGUCGCCCGGCCCGGAUCUGCUGCUCUUCCACUGCCGCGUCGUCUAGCGGCAGCAACCAUCCGCAGCUGAAGACCAGGCGGCCGGCGGAGGAGAAUAUCCGCGAGGAGGCGUGCCGGCGUGACGAGGCGACCGGGUCGUGCGGAUUCUCGGCGUGCUACGUGCCCUUCAAUGCUCCCGCUGACACCGCCGAGACAUACUCGCUGGAUGACGUCGUGUAUCGUGGCCGGUCCGGCGGCCUCCUGGACGUCCGCCACGACAUGACGGCUCUAAAGCGCUUCCCGGGCUCCUAUUGGCGCGACCUGUUCGAUUCCCGCGUCGGCCGCACUACCUGGCCUUACGGCUCCGGCGUCUGGUCCAAGAAGGAGUUCGUGCUCCCGGAGAUUGACCCAGACCACAUCGUCUCCCUCUUCGAGGGCAACUCCAACCUCUUCUGGGCGGAGCGCCUUGGCCGCGAUCACCUUGGUGGCAUGCCCGACCUUUGGGUCAAGCACUGCGGCAUCUCGCAUACCGGCUCUUUCAAGGACCUGGGCAUGACCGUCCUCGUCAGCCAGGUCAACCGCCUCCGCCGCAACCCCCUCAACCGCCCGAUCGCUGGCGUCGGCUGCGCUUCCACGGGGGACACCUCUGCCGCCCUAUCCGCCUACUGCGCAGCCGCCGGUAUCCCCGCCAUCGUGUUCCUCCCCGCCGACCGCAUCUCCCUUGCCCAGCUCGUCCAGCCCAUCGCCAACGGUGCCACCGUACUCUCCAUCGACACUGACUUCGACGGCUGCAUGCGCCUCAUCCGCGAGGUCACCGCCGAGCUUCCCAUCUACCUCGCCAAUUCCCUCAACUCCCUCCGCCUCGAGGGCCAGAAGACCGCUGCCAUCGAGAUCCUUCAGCAGUUCGACUGGGAGGUGCCCGACUGGGUCAUCGUUCCCGGCGGCAACCUCGGCAACAUCUACGCCUUCUACAAGGGGUUUGAGAUGUGCCGUGAGCUCGAGCUUGUUGACCGCAUGCCGCGCCUUGUAUGUGCGCAGGCGGCCAACGCCAACCCUCUCUACCUGCAUUACAAGUCAGGUUGGGCUGACUUCAAGCCGGUGAUUGCUGCAGACACGUUCGCCUCUGCCAUUCAAAUCGGUGACCCUGUCUCAAUCGACCGUGCCGUUUUUGCAUUAAAGGCAACCGAUGGAAUCGUUGAGGAGGCCACCGAGGAGGAGCUGAUGGACGCCAUGUCUCUUGCUGACCGGACAGGCAUGUUUGCUUGCCCACACACAGGGGUUGCACUCGCUGCAUUAUUCAAGCUGAGGGAAAGGGGGGUGAUUGGCACCAAUGACCGGACCAUAGUGGUCAGCACCGCUCAUGGGCUCAAGUUCACGCAGUCCAAGGUCGCCUACCAUUCAAAUGAAAUAGCUAAUAUGGAUUGCCGGUAUUCAAACCCGCCUGUAAGUGUGAAGGCUAGUUUUGGGGCGGUGAUGGAUGUCUUGAAGAAAAAGCUUGAUGGUAAGCUUGGGCUGUGAAUGAUAUAAAGAUUGCAUCGGAUCUGGAAUGUGGAUUUCCUUUGCCAGCCUCUGUUCACAGGAUGAUGAAUCAGAUUGCAUGUAGGUCUCAGCGAAGAUGAGCUACUUUUGGUUUGUACCAGUAUUUUUUAGUAACACUAUUCCUACCUUCAUCCAAUGUCUUUAAGUUAGUCGGAGUUAAAGACAAUAAAGCACUUUUUUGUGGUUUAACUGAAUUAUCACUUGAGUUGAGCUUCUAAUCUGUUUUUAAUUUUAGUUGGAGGAAUAGCUGCGGCAUGAAGUGUGCAUUGUUGAUCGUGUGUGUGUGUGUGUGUGUGUGUGUCACUUGUCAAGUAUGUUUGGUACUUUGAAACUCCAUAUUAGGUGAGUGCACAACAGGUUCCAGAAGUAUCCAUGUUUGCUUACGGAUUACCUUUGGACCUUCGUAGGGAUUGCUUGCCAUAAAUAUGUGUCAAGUAUUCUUAUCGCUUGCCAUAAAGAUCUAUUGUUUCAAUUUGCUUUCCUGUAAUGCUGGUUGAUCAAAUCUAUACCUAGCAUCAUGGAGCCUAAAACUAAGCAAACUUAAAGCUUUACUAAGUCUUCAUGUCAUACAAUUUCUUACCUGGUUAAAUUAUGGGUUGGGAAUUGACGUUAGAUGGUUUGUGAAAUUAGUGUUAAUUAUUGUAAUAUGAAUGUUGGAUACGGUUGUAUGUUAUAAAUAUAUGUUAUAUAGAUAAAUUAUUGUGUACCAUUUGGCUGGCUUACUAUUGAGUUCCAUUUCUUGAUUUUCUCAUUUCUAAAAUUCCCAACUACUUUGAUCCUGAUUUUCCCAUUUGUUUUAUGCUGAAUUUAGGUUGUGGCCUAUUGUCACCCAAGUUGUACGGAAUUUGAGUAUGGUGCUGGUUUUCUAGACUCUGGUCCAAUUUAGGUUUAAACUUUAGAGGCAUUUAUCUCUCUCGAAGAGAGUCCUUGUUAGAAGAACAAUUCUUGUAGAUGAUAAAGUAAAGGAUUUUCCCUGGUUGCUGUCAUCUGAUGAAGUUGUACUGAGAUUGCCUUGGAUAUACUUCAGUUACAAUACGCCCCAUUUGAUGCUAGACUUCCUUGCUAAUGGUAAUCUGAUAUUUGGCUUGUUAUUCGAAGUUAAUAUAUUGUUUGUGCUGUCAACCUUCGACAUCUGUGAUGUGUCAGGUGCAUUGGUAAGGCACGUAGAGGGACUUGAUGCUUGUAAAACUUCUUAGCGAGCCUCGAGUUAUUAUUCGGUCAUCUUCUUCUCUUUACCUGACGUAUGAGUUGUACCUUCACAGCAAAAAUCAAAAUGUAAUUGCUGAUCAUCAGGAUCUGAGCAAGGCUGCUGUUUAGUUUAUGGGCAAAAGCUCUUGUGGAUUCUUCCUCGGCUGAAGCUUUAGGAUAACUGAAUCUCGUGUCCGAGUAGUUCUGGCACAGUUGUUACCCUACGAUAACAAAUAUUGCCAACUGGAAUCCCGAUUGCAAUUGUAUGCAUUGUGGAUUGCUAGGUGCUGAAUUUUUUGUUAGAGUGCUGGAUGAUUCUUGAUUCCUGAUGGCAACGAGUCACGCAAACAAGCGAAGUCGAUGGUAGCCAAGCCUCUCGGAAUCUCGUCUGUGGAGAAAUAAGCUGAACAUACAAAGUUUGUCGAUGCCAAUCUGUACUUAGUGCCCAGUUUCAUACUCCACAGUUCUGUCCAAUUUUACUUGAAUGGUGCUGGAUUUCUGAAACCUACAUUAGUUUCUACUUAUUUGAAAUUUAUCUUAUCUGGAA